AUGGCCCCACAGUCGACGCUCGACAUCCAGGCCGCCCGCCAGCGCGCCUCGUUCGACCCUCAUGUUCUCCACCGCGUCCUCCUCGCUGGCUCAAAGGAUCCCGACAUGCGCAAACGCGUCGCGCAGCUCAUCUCGUCCAACCCUGCUUUCGACAAGACCUCCAAAUCGUACCUCUCGCGCCCGAAGCAGAUCGAGCGCGGGUUGAAGGCCGCGAGAGACCUCUUCCAGGCCGUCGACGAGCACGAUUUGGACUACAUCGAGUAUCUCGAGGCACUCGUUUCGCUCAUCGACGAUCCCAUCGGCCUCAAUCUGCACGAGAUCGCCUUCACGCCGGUCAUUCAGGCCCAGGGAUCGGACGAGCAGCAGGCUGAGUGGCUUCCGCUUUGUUACAACCACGCCAUCAUCGGGUGCUACCUCCAGACGGAACUCGGACAUGGUUCGAACGUCCAGCAGCUCGAGACGACUGCAACGUACGACCCGAAGAAGGACGAGUUUGUCAUCCACUCGCCGACGAUCAGCGCGACCAAGUGGUGGAUCGGCGCUCUCGGCAUCUUGAGCACGCACGGUGUCAUCCAGGCGAGGCUGUUCAUCGGGGGCAAGGACUACGGACCGCACCUCUUCAUCGUGCAGCUUCGCUCAAUGAAAGACCACUCCCUCCUCCCGGGCAUCGAAGCAGGCGAGAUCGGCCCCAAAGUGCACGGCGCCAUGUCAGCGCUCGACAACGGCUGGGCGCGCUUCAACAACGUCCGCAUCCCGCGCAAACAGAUGCUGUCGAGGUUUGCGCAGGUUGAGCCGAGGAAUGGGGGGACGUAUGUCAAGCCGCUGCAUUCAAAGCUCUCGUACGGCGGCAUGAUCUUCAUUCGGAGUCAGAUGAUCGGGAACCUGAGCUGGCGUCUCGCAAAAGCCGUCACCAUCUCGAUUCGUUACCUGCACAUGCGCCGGCAAUUUGCAGACCCCGAACUCAAGCCGGGCGAGGAGCAGCACGGCGUCGAGAGGCAGGUCAUCUCGUAUCCUGCGGUCUACAUGCGCGUGAUCCCGCAGCUCGUCAACACCAUCGUCUUCAUGACCGCUGGAAAGGACAUGGCCAACCUCUACCACGCCAUGUCCGCCGAACUCGCCGGCGGCAACACCAACCUCCUCGCCGAGACGCACGCUGUCUCGUCCGGUCUCAAGACAUACGUCUCGAGCGCCGUCGUUGAAGGGUGCGAGACCGUCCGUCGCGCGAUGGGCGGCCACGGCUUCCUUGCCUCGACGGGCGUCGGGAGGAUCUACGCGACUGAGCUGCCGAGCGCGACGUACGAGGGCGACAACUAUAUCCUCAACUUGCAGGUCGCGAGGGCGGCACUGAAGUCCUUCAAGGCUUUCGUCGGGUCGACGUCGUCGAAUCCGAAAGACGCACUCAAGAACCUCACUGCUUCGUCCGCCUACCUCGCCUCUCUCGCACCUCCUCCCAAGCUCCCUCUCUCCGCGCCGACCUCUGUCAAAGACUGGCAAUCCCUCCCCCUCCUCCAGCGCCUGCUCGACCUCCGCGCGGCCCUCACAGUCGGACGUCUCGCUUCGCUCCUCGCGUCCGGCCGCAAGUUCGGCGAGAUGUCGUGGGAAUGCGUGCAGGUUAGCGAGGCGGUUGCUGAGGCGUUCUUGGCGGGCAGGAUGGUCGAGGCGAUCGGGAAGGGCGGGCUGUUGACCGACGGAGCGGGAGAGAGGGAGAAGGCUGUCCUCGAGAAGGUAGUCACCUUCUUCCUCCUGCACCGCGUCUCGCACGCCCUCCCCUCCCUCCUCGAAUUCGGCAUCCUCGCGCCCUCUCCUCCCCUCUCGCUUUCCUCCUCGACUCCGCUCAAGCAAGACGCGCCACUCGAGCAGCUCCGUCUCUCGCUUGACGGCGUCGCGAGAGAGUUGUUGCCGGAGUUGGUUGGGUUGACGGAUGCGUUUGGGUUCUCGGACUGGGAGUUGGACACCACAGUCGGCAACCACGACGGCGCAGCGUACGAGCGGAUGCUCGAGAAGGCCAAAGCGGACGAGGAGCAGAACAUCGGAUCCAAGGCCGAGCAGGAGCGGAUGUAUCGCGAGUAUAUCCGACCUAUCCUCGAGCGAGGGAGGAAGCUCACGGGCGGAGGGGGCGACGCGAAGCUGUAG